AGAAAUCACAACCCCAUCAACCGCUCCAAAUCCAAACAACAAUGGCUUCCACAGCCUCUCCACCGUCGUGUGCUCUCACAGUAUCAAAGCCACCCUCUUCCCUCACCUCCCUCUCCGCCUUCACCUCCUUCAAAAUCCGAACCCCGGGAAGAGCGAGGCCGAAUUCGUCUGUCUCCGCUGUGAAGGCCGAAUUCGACCUCGCUUACUUCGAGAGAGACCUCGAAGGAGGCGACGCGCCGCCGGCCACGCCGGGGUUCCCGGAGGCGGAGGACAAGGAGGAGCCGCAGUGCCCGCCCGGGCUCCGGAAGUACGAGACCAUGGUCGUCCUCCGCCCCGACAUGUCGGAAGACGAGCGCCUCACAUUCACUCAAAAAUAUGAAGAGUUACUAGUAGCUGGUGGUGGGAUGUACGUUGAGGUGUUCAACCGUGGCGUGAUCCCACUUGCUUACAGCAUCAAGAAGAAGAACAAGGCCGGAGAGACGAACACGUACAUGGAUGGGAUCUACCUUCUUUUCACCUACUUCACCAAGCCCGAGUCGUUGAAAAUUCUCUCCGACACACUACUUGCCGACGAUGAGGUCAUUCGGUCAUCCAGUUUCAAGAUCAGGAAAAGGAAGUUGUUUUAGGUAUGUGGAAUGUACUGUUAAGUUGUUUGUAAUGUCUUUUUAGCCUAGCUCGGGAUACUGGUUUCAUUGUCCUGAGCUAGAUAUUGCGUGUUUCUAUAGCGAGGGAGAGAUUUAUUUUGGAUUUUUGGAAGGUAAAUGCACAUUCAUGUUCUACAA